GCAACAUCUAUCACCCAACUCAUCGAUCCAUCCCUCUAUUAUCAAGAAACAAACAAGAUUACUCCAGCUAACUAGCUACCUUGGCAAUGGCCUCCUUAUCCUCCUUCCUGCUCGCCGCAGCAGUGGCGACACUGUUUGUCGUUGGCUCAUACGCCACCGAGCUUACCUUCAAGGUUAAUGAGGGCUCUAGCGCAACUAGCCUGGAACUCAUCACCAACGUCGCCAUCUCUGAGGUGGAGAUCAAGGAGAAGGGUGCCAGCGACUGGACGGCGCUGAAGGAAUCAUCGUCUAACACCUGGACGAUCAAAAGCGGCUCGCCACUCAAGGGCCCCUUCUCCGUCCGCUUCCUCGUCAAGAAUGGCGGGUACCGCGUCGUCGACGAUGUCAUCCCCGAAAGCUUUACGGCCGGCUCUGUCUACAAGAGUGGUAUCCAGCUCUAAGUAACAUACACGUAUGCUUUUUUUUUGUUGAGUCGCAUGAGAAUUUUUAGCCUCUAAAUAAUUCUAUUUUAAGACAGAUUGGGCCGCCUGCGAGCGAGCCAAAAAAUAUUUUUCUGUUGUCAUUUCAUCGGUAAUAGUCCAUUGACAAAAUGGAUCUGUUUGUCCUUUGUUUUUAAACGGACUGAGUACUUAAAUUGUUGUUAAGAUUGUGUUUUAUACUAUAUCUUCUCAAUUUC